ACUCUUUGUAAUGAUCCCAAUAAAGAUUUUGAAAUUCUUGAUUCUGGCAGUAUUAGAAAUAAUUCUGAAAGUCAUAAACUAACAUCUUCACUAUUUUCUAGAUAUAGUACAAGCAAUUUAGAUAGAGAUAUAAGCUUAUACAAUAGUUUAUAUGAUCUUUAUUUUGAUACAAUGGCAUUAGAGUUGUCACAAGAUAUUGAUUCAACAUUUGAUAAAGAAAUAUCAUAA